CAACUGCUCAGUGGGAGUGAACGACGAGUGACGGACCAACCGUGGUCCCGGUCGCCAUUGAUCUCCAGAUCGGCUGCAGGUUACCAGGGAAACGUUGUUUUUUUACACACAUCAAACCGGAGAGUGAGAAGAGCGGAGAGGCGAAGAAUGGCGAGAGGUUGUUGGUUUUGGCCUUUCCUGCUGCUGCUGCCGCUGCUGUGUCUGGUUGUGCUGACAAGGAGCGAGCAGAACGAGAAUUCUGACGAUAUCAGGUGCAAGUGCAUUUGUCCACCAUACAAAGAUAAUGCAGGCCAUAUUUAUAAUAAAAAUGUAACACAGAAAGAUUGUGAUUGCCUACACGUUGUUGAUCCCAUGCCAGUUGCUGGACAAGAUGUUGAAGCUUAUUGUUUAAGAUGCGAGUGCAGAUAUGAAGAACGAAGCUCUGUUACAAUUAAGGUAACGAUUGUUAUUUAUUUGUCUAUCCUGGGCUUGCUGCUGCUUUAUAUGAUCUAUCUGACACUGGUGGAACCCUUGCUGAAAAAACGCUUGUUCCAUUCAAGGCCAUUGCAGAACGAGGAAGACUUUGGGGACACACAACCAUUUGCCAACGCCCACGAUGUGCUCUCCCAUUCUCGUUCACGUUCUAAUAUGUUGAAUAAAGUUGAAUAUGCACAGCAGCGCUGGAAAAGACAAGUUCAAGAACAAAGGAAAUCGGUCUUUGAUCGUCAUGUUGUCCUCAGCUAAAAACAAUGAAUUUUAAAGAAUGUACUGGAAAUCUCAGUGGAUCGACAGAAACAAUCUGACUGAUUUCUCCAAGGCAUUACCUGCUGGUAGAAUUUCUUUAGCUUUGGCACCUUGAUGUCAAUUCUUUGACACCUGAGUGUAAUGUUUGAUAUUAUCUUGUAAUUGAAAAUUUUCUUUAGUAUAGUUUACCGCAACCACUGCCCAUCAAUAAAUUAUGAUUUUGCUAGGGAACAUGUUGCACAGGAUAAUAUGAUUAAUAUUAAUUAAAUCCUAAUUAUAAAAUACUUUAAAUUAAUAUAUUUUCCUGGUUGCUUUAAUUAUCUGGUGCAGUUACAGAAAGAAUCUGCAGUUACAUGGGAUAUUGAUAUGCUAUGAAAAUAAUAAUCUUAAUAUGAUCACAGAUGAUUGUUAAUGGAACUAAUUAUUUUCAAGAGUUUACGCACUCCCAGUUUGGGAGAAGAGCCGAAGACUUUUGUUGACACUCAACACCGAAUUUUCAUUUUCGUUUUUAAACUGAAUUUUUAAUGAAUUAAUAAAGCCUAAGGAUGACAACUAUAAACAUAAUUAUGAAGGCGGCUGAUCAAGUAUUAUGCUAGUACGUGUUCUGGCUAAGCAGUUGUUGUUUACAACCGAUCCGAUAAAGAAUAGAAAAAGAUCAUCAACAUCCACUGAUUACAAGAUUAAAUAGUUAGUCUCGUUUGUUGUUGCAGACUCGAGCAUUGCAGAAGUUAAAUAUUUCUUUUUGAAAGAUGAUAUUGACCUAUGAUACACUUUUAAAGUUAUUUGUUUACACCAGUAUUGUAUAGAAGUGCCUGUUCUUCAUUCUAUAUCAAUAGAUGAGUUUUCAGGAGAGUUAGAUCAUGGAGAGUUAGGUCACGGUGGCGCAGCGGUAGAGUUGCUGACUUACAGCGAAUGCAGUGCCGGAGACCCGGGUUCGAUCCCGACUACUGCUGUCUGUACGGAGUUUUACAUUCUCCCCGGUACCUGUGUGGGUUUUCUCCGAGUGGGUUUUCUUCAGUUUCCUUCCACGCUCCAAAGACGUGCAGGUUUGUAGGUUAAUUUGCUUGGUAAAUGUAAAAAUUGUCCCUGGUGGGAAUCGGAUAGUGUUAAUGGGCGGGGAUCGCUGGUCGGCACGGACCCAAUGGGCCGAAGGGCCUGUUUCCAUGCGGUAUCUCUAAACUAUAUGUUGCAUUCCAACUUUUCUUCCUUUCACCAUUUUGACCGUAGACACUCAUUCUGGAGCAAGAUUUUGUUGGUGUUUCUAACAGCUACAUUACUAAAAUGUUAGGGAAGACAUUAUAUUGGGAACUGUGCUAUUGUGGAAAACAUAGUCAAGAUCAAUGCUGUUUGUGUCUAUUUGAGCACGUGAAGUAUUGGGCAACAGUUUAGGAGCAGAUCAUCUUGCCAGUCUAUGACAUUUUUCUUUCCUUCAACUGAUGAGACCAGAUUGCAUUGUCUUUCUCUGUCACAACUGCCUUGCAUCAAAUAUUUGUUAUUUCAAUCCAGUGAUGGGACAAUACAUUUUUCUUCUCUGCAUCAGUACUCUGAUUCCAAGGAGAGGAGGCCAGACCUGUAUAAUUAAAUAUUAACAUGAUCAUUUACAUUUUUAUUCCAUAUGUUGUGAUUUUUCUGUGUCGGUCUGCGAAAUCUACUGAUCCUAUCUGCUGUAGGUUUUCUAUCCAAAAUGUUUUGUAACCAGCUCUGAGACUGAUUAAAAAUGGGGAUUUCACCUCUAUUGCAUGAGAAAGGCCACUCUUUCAUGACUGCAUGUGUGCAAGGACUCAUCUAAAUCUAUCUUGCCGAAUGGGGUAAACUGGACAACAGGUGCCUUCUAAUACAGAGGUACCAUCUUUGAAAUCUAUUUGAUAUACCAACAUAUUGCCAGUUGCAUUUUUACUGGUCACUGUUGGCCGCACAAACUUUAAACAAGCUUUUAAACUGUACUUGUUUAUUUUUUACACAGGACAACUCUUAUAUUGUACUCUGAAAUGACAAUGAUUACAAGUAUGUUUAAAUUUGAAUUCAAAAUAUAUCAUGCCACAGAACAUUUAUCAGAUUCAUCUCUUUAAUUUUUGUUUUGUAUUAUUCAUUCAAUGGCUAUUAUUCUGACCACUGGCUGCACAAUUAAUUGCCUGGGUCUACAUAGGAAUUAAAAAAAAAAACCCAUUCUAUAAUUAUAUGGAAUCGACUACAUAAGACUUAAAUUAAGUGGUAUUUCUCUCUCAAAUCCUUUUCUCCAAAUUCUGCAAAUGUACAUGGUCUGGGAACUUAAUGUUUUUGUUGCAAGUAAAGAUUAAAUCUAAAAAUCCUUACUCUUAUUUAGAAUCAUACAGCAUAGAAACAGGCCCUUCGGCCCAACUUGCUGAUGCCAACCAAGGUGCCCCAUCUACACUAGCCCCACCUGUGUUCAUUUGGUCCACAUCCUUCUAAACCUUUCCAUCCAUGCACCUGUCCAAAUGAUCAAUUCAGUUGCUGUGAGCAAUGUAAUUAUAUAAUGUGAAGAAAAACAUAGUUGGAUCAUUUUUUGCACAAGGAUUGCGUUUUGAAAUACAUUUAAAUGGUAUGGUCAUUAAUAUUCUUGUUACCCCAUCUCAGAGUUGCCAUAUGUUGAAAUGCCUCGUUGAAAUCGUCUCAAUUUCACCUCAACAGGCCACAGAAGCAAACAACGACUUUUGUAGUUAUUUUUUUUGUCGAUUUGUAGAUUAAUUCGCCUCUAUAAAUUGUCCCUAGUCUGUAGGGAGUGGAUGGCAAAGUAGGAUAACAUAGAACUAAUGUCAAUGAUCGAUGGUCAGUGCGGACUCGGUGGGCCGAAGGGCCUGUUUCCAUUUUGUAUCUAAACCAAACUAAUUAAAUGGUAAAACAUUUUCCUGGUAGGCUUUAAUGAAACAUUUUUGUUUAUGUCAAUUUAAUUAAGUAAUAGCUUGUAAGUGUUACGCAGACUGAUUAGCCACUGAAACACCCGUAUUUCAUUAGAUCAACUGAACGAUUAAUUAUAUCUUUCUGAUAGUCUCGCUCUCCAUCACCUUCAGUAUUUCCAAUAAUUUAUUGAAUUCAUGCAUGCAAAUAUUUAUGGAAACUCUUUAAACAAUAGAUUAUCACUGAGAGUGUUACAUUCCUCCAUUCCACUGAAAAAUGUUUAGCUUAUCUCUAAUUCUCUUCUUCAGUGUUUUUUAAAUUGUGCCUGUAUUCAUCAUCAACAAGCGGAAACAUUCUAUCAUUCUUUACUGCAUCAUUUAUUAUUAUCAUUAAGCGCUACCAAGCCAUUUCUCAUAAUCAUACAUAAGAAACAUUGAUAUUGGUAAAUUAAAUAAAUUUAAAGAUAAAUUUGCUGAUAUUCUCUCCUUUAACCCUAUUUUCUAUUGGCAUUGGCGCUCCAGCUCUCUUAUGUCAGCCUGGGUAGCUUAUUGUUGCAAGUAAUUCAAAAGGUUAUCCUCCAACAGCGAGUGUUGUGAAUAAGCUUUUUGAAUGAGCUACUUGAUGACUGUUUAGGAUUUAUUCAACUGCCAUGGUUAGACGAUGGAGUUACCAAGUAGGUUUCAGAUUUUUAUCCCUGUGGCAAAAACAAUCUACAAUUUUAUCUUUCAAAGAAGACUUUAUCAGACUUAAAAGUUCACAAAUCAUGAUCGCUACAAUGUAGAAGUCGACCAGUCCGCAUGAUGUAUAUUCAGGUUAUCACCUUUAUCCAUUUUCAUUGUAUGCAUGAUCAAACUAUAACAAAAAUAAUCUUGCCUAAAUUAAAUACCGUUAAAUAUGCUUUGUUUCAAGUUUUUGGUUAAAUAGAGCUAAUCCUCAUAUUGAGGCUCAUCCAACUGCCUGCCAAAUAUACAUCCAAGGAGGUUCAAUUUGACUUUGCAUAAUCUCUUCUUCCCUAUCAGUUGAAUACGCCCACCCAUCAAACACAGAAAAUUAGUAAGAUAUAGAUUUGUAUUUGUAAUCUUUAGCACCCUGUUUUAAGAUGUACAAUGAAACUUUGUAUACUUUUUUUCUUUAAUAAAUUUUAUUUCUGUACUACUUAACAAAA